CGAGAAUUUGCACUUGAAACGAUAAAAGCUUUCCCUGAAGAAAUGGUAGACAUGGUGAGAAGAAGUUAUGUAGAAAAACUGACCCUCACUCACUUGAGAUAUCGUGCCCCAUGGGACAUACUAUUAAGCAAGUUUCGAAGAGGAACAGUUACUGUAGCUGGAGAUGCCAUGCAUGUAAUGGGUCCAUUUCUAGGGCAGGGUGGGUCUGCUGCUAUGGAAGAUGCCAUUGUUCUUGCUAGGUGCUUGGCACAAAAACUGCAUCAAGUUGAUUUAAGUGCAGAAGGUAGGCAGAUGAGGAUAACACAGAAUGUUAUUGGGGAGGCAAUUGAUCAAUAUGUGAAGGAAAGGAGAAUAAGACUGCCGAAAUUGUCUUUGCAAGCUUACCUGUUGGGUUCACAACUCCAAUCUUCUUCCUCACUUGCAAAGUUUACUAUUGUGGCAUUGAUGAUGAUUGUUUUCAAAGAUCAAAAUGCUCAUUCUCAAUAUUUCUGUGGAGAUCUGAGAUUAAGUGUGAGGAGGGAAAUGGAGUGUGGAGAAGAAGAAAUAGACAUUGUUAUAGCUGGAGGAGGGAUAUGUGGUCUCGCUACAGCCCUUGCUCUUCACAGGAAGGGAAUCAAAAGCGUAGUUCUGGAAAGAUCGGAGACUCUUCGGGCAACAGGAGCCGCGAUCGGUGUUCUUCCCAACGGCUGGCGUGCUCUUGAUCAGCUUGGUGUUGCUUCAAAGCUCAGGCAGACUGCUCUUCCCAUUCAUAGGGCAAGUGAAAUAUGGCUUCAUGAAAACAAGCAAGGCACUACACAACUUAUGGACGGAGAAGUAAGAUGUCUUCAGCGUGGUGAUCUUGUCACAACUCUUGCUGAAAAUCUACCUCAUGGCACCAUCCGUUUUGGAUGCCAAGUGCUCUCGGUUAAAUCCGAUCCUCUAACUUCAUACCCACUAAUUCAACUGCAGAGUGGAAGCAUUAUCAAGGCCAAGAUUUUGAUUGGGUGCGAUGGAGCACAUUCAGCAGUUGCAGAUUUUCUUGAAUUGAAACCACCAAAGCUUUUCUCCAUACGGUCAGUUAGAGGUCUAACAUGUUACCCCAGUGGUCAUGGUUUACCCCAUGAAUUCGUCCGGUUCCGAAGGGAGAAUUUCCUGGUUGGAAGAAUCCCUAUUGAUCAUAACCUUGUCUACUGGUUUGUUAGUGGUCAAGAAGGAUAUCCAACAGAUUCAAAUAUUUCGAAGGAUCCAGAGUUGAUUCGAGAAUUGACACUUGAAUCAAUAGAAGCCUUUCCAGAAGAAAUGGUAGAAAUGGUGAGAAGAAGUGACCCAGGAAAACUGUCCCUCACUCACUUGAGAUAUCGUGCCCCAUGGGACAUACUACUUGGGAAGUUUCGAAAAGGAACAGUGACCGUAGCCGGGGAUGCCAUGCAUGUGAUGGGUCCAUUUCUAGGGCAGGGUGGCUCUGCUGCUUUGGAAGAUGCCAUUGUUCUUGCUAGGUGCUUGGCACAAAAACUUCAUCAAGUUGAUUUAAAAGCAGAAGGCAGGCACAUGAGGGUAACACAGAAUGCUAUUGGAGAGGCAAUGGAUCGAUUUGUGAAUGAAAGGAGAAUGAGACUGGUGAAAUUGUCUUUGCAAACUUACCUUAUUGGUUCCCUCCAUCAAUCCUCUUCCUCAAUUGUGAAGAUUAUGAGUAUUGCACUAAUGAUGAUCCUUUUCAGAGAUCCAACUGCUCAUACUCGAUAUGAUUGUGGUGAUCUAUGAAAAUUUGAACUUUGUUGACACCCCAUCUAUGUUUAUUGUUGG